CUUGGGACUUGUAGCUUGGCUGGGACUCUCAUCAUCUCUCUGCACUAUCCCCUAUACUUACCUCAUGCUACCUGGCCUUCAUUGCUACCUUAUACCCACUAAAACUCUCCUGCCUAUGUCCUUAAUACUAGGUCAAGCCUCUUGUUUAUCCUCUUCAGUCAUCUGUUACAGAUUUCCUCUGAUGGUUUUUCCACCUGGUGAUUUGAAAACUGGAGUUUGCACAUGCAAGAAUGUUGGACAUUGUUGGGGGGUGCUGGGGAAUACCAUGGCACCCCAAGAGCAUCUUGGCUGCCAUUGCAGUGAUCACAGUACACUCAGUUUUCCACAAAGAAGUUGUAUAGAGAUGAGAAGAAUUCUGCACUCUCUCUUGAGUCACUUGCAGAGACAUUUGAUGCAUAGACUCUUAGAAUUAUUAUGUCCUUUUUGCCAUGCCAUCUUGUUUUAGUAGCAUGGCAUGGCCAGAGAUUAUGAUCUCAGUUUGAAUAUUGUGC